AAUCGUAUCAAAUGUGGUAAUAUAUGAAUAUCAUAUUUACUACCCCACAAAUAUUUCCUUUAAUUUCCCUUCCUUUUUCCAUUUCUUGGACUAGUGGGAUUGAGAAAGAAAGAAAGAAAGAAAGAAUCCCACCGACGUGCUCCUUCUCUAUGCCUUUCCCUCUCUUUUAAUUACCCUCCAAAAACAAGAACGAGACUUGAGUGUGUGUUUUGGCAGAGAGAGAGAGAGAGAUGGGCAAUUGCCUAUUCGGAGGCAUGGGAGAGGUAACUACCGAAGCAAUCAAAGUGGUGACAUCCGACGGCGGGAUCAUGGAGUUCAACGGUCCGAUAACGGUGGAGUUCAUUACCGAUGAGUUCCCAGGCCACGGUAUCUUUCGAAGCCAGGAUCUUUUCUGGAAACCAUUGCCACACAACGAAGUACUUGCAGCAGGGGAAUCAUACAAUCUCCUCCCGCUCAACAGCAAGGGAAUAGGUGGUGGCCAAAUUGCCCAAGUGGGUCACGUAAGGUCAAACAGCUUGCCACAAUCCCAAGCCGCGCCCUACAGGAUGUCGUUCGACGGUCAGGGAAUCCUCAAGAGAUCGUACACGGAAGCCUUCUCUAGGUACAACGGUGGCGGCGGGAUAUGGAAGGUGAAGCUUGUCAUCAGUCCGGGACAGUUACUGGAGAUACUGUCACAAGAGGGUCGAACCCAGGAGUUGAUUGAAAGUGUGAGGACCGUCGCGAAAUGCGGUAACAUCGGGGUUUCGACCGUGGGUUUUUCGGAUCAAUGGUCUCUUUCCAGCAGCAGGAAUGCUUCCUCUAAGAAAGAUCUUCUGUUGGAGCUCAAGAGAUCAUAAAUAUGUCAGGCCGGCGCCCUUUCAUUUCUUUAGUUUUUGUCAGUUUCAACCCGGUCUUUCUGUUGCAUGCUAAAUUCGUCAGUGACGUGCUGUGUUGCAUAUUCCAUCUAUUUGCAAUUUCUAAUAUACAUAGUUUAGUUUUUGUGGUA